CCAGCUCAGGCUCCGAGGCACGUAAAAGCAGGGCGGUGAGACCGGAGAGCACGGAGCAACCAGCCAGGGCUGAGCUGCGGAGACGGUUGCACCAGGUGCCAGGAUCGCUGCAAACACGAGCAAAACGUCGUCCGAAAUGGCAACCGAGGGGGAUAAACUUUUGGGAGGAAGAUUUGUUGGAAGCACAGAUCCCAUCAUGGAGAUUCUCAACUCUUCUAUAUCCACUGAGCAGAGACUGUCUGAAGUUGAUAUCCAGGCAAGCAUGGCUUAUGCUAAGGCCUUGGAGAAGGCUAGCAUCCUAACCAAAACCGAGCUGGAGAAGAUCCUGAGUGGCCUGGAAAAGAUCUCUGAGGAAUCAUCUAAGGGAAUCCUUGUAAUGACCCAAAGUGAUGAGGAUAUCCAGACUGCCAUUGAACGCAGACUGAAGGAGCUGAUUGGGGAUAUAGCUGGAAAGCUGCAGACUGGAAGAAGCAGGAAUGAACAGGUUGUGACUGACCUGAAGCUGCUCCUGAAGAGUUCCAUCUCUGUCAUCUCCACUCACCUGCUGCAGCUCAUCAAGACCCUGGUGGAGCGUGCUGCCAUAGAAAUUGAUGUUAUCAUGCCUGGCUACACCCACCUGCAGAAAGCUCUGCCCAUCAGAUGGAGCCAGUUCCUGCUCAGCCACGCUGUUGCACUGACCCGUGAUUCUGAGCGCCUGGGAGAAGUGAAGAAAAGGAUCACUGUGUUGCCUCUGGGAAGUGGUGUCCUGGCAGGCAACCCACUGGAAAUUGAUAGAGAGCUUCUGCGUAGCGAACUGGACAUGACUUCCAUCACCCUGAACAGCAUAGAUGCCAUCAGUGAGAGAGACUUCGUGGUGGAAUUAAUCUCUGUUGCCACCCUGCUGAUGAUCCACCUUAGCAAGCUGGCUGAAGAUCUCAUCAUCUUCAGCACCACUGAAUUUGGCUUUGUGACUCUCUCUGAUGCCUACAGCACUGGCAGCAGCCUGUUGCCUCAGAAGAAGAAUCCUGAUAGCCUGGAACUGAUCCGCAGCAAAGCUGGUCGUGUGUUUGGACGGUUGGCUGCAAUUCUCAUGGUUCUGAAAGGAAUUCCAAGCACCUUCAGCAAGGAUCUGCAGGAGGACAAGGAAGCUGUCCUUGAUGUUGUGGACACUCUGACUGCUGUGCUCCAGGUUGCCACUGGAGUGAUUUCUACCCUCCAGAUCAACAAGGAGAACAUGGAGAAGGCUCUGACCCCUGAGUUGCUGUCUACUGAUCUGGCUCUCUACUUGGUUCGUAAAGGAAUGCCCAUCAGACAAGCCCAAACUGCUUCUGGGAAGGCCGUCCACCUUGCUGAGACUAAAGGCAUCACCAUCAAUAAUCUCACCCUGGAGGACCUGAAGAGCAUCAGCCCUCUGUUUGCCAGCGAUGUCUCCCAGGUCUUCAGCGUUGUCAACAGCGUGGAGCAGUACACUGCCGUGGGCGGCACUGCCAAGAGCAGCGUGACUGCCCAGAUCGAGCAGCUGAGGGAGCUGCUGAAGAAGCAGAAGGAGCAAGCUUAGAGUGUGGGGACAAAUCCCGUGGCUGCAGCGUUGUGCUUAUCACACUAAUCCAGAGUUAAUAAACACUGUGGUGUAUUGUAGUUCACUGAAA